AUAAAGCAAGUUUUAUCUUCGAUCUCAGUAAAAUGGAGGACAUUCAAGCAAACCUUGACGAAGCACAUGUGUAGAUACAAGUCAGAUCCUGAGCUUAUUUCAAAACCACCGGGAAUCUAUUCUUUCCUAGAACAAAAUCAUUGGGACUCAUUUGUCAAAAAGAGAAAUUGCAAAGAGUUUGAGGCAACAAGUAAUGUUCAACGAGAGAGCCGGAGUGCCAAUAAAUGUAACCAUAGACUCAGCCAAAAGGGUUACGCUAAGUUUCAAGUGGAACUAAAACAAGCUGAAGAUCUAGUCAACCGUGCAAAGCCAAUCUCUGAUCCAAACUUAGCUCCCAAUUCAGGGACUCGUACUAAAUCAAAAGCCAAGAAAUUUGAUAGGAGUGUCAUGUGGAAGAAGGCACGUCAGAAUAAGAAUGGCGAGUAUGAAGACGAGGAAAUCGAGAAGCAAGUGGCGAAAAUAGACAAGAUAACCAGACAGGUGGAAGAUGGAAGUUUAUCUAUUGAAGGAGCCAACGAUAUCCUAACUCUAGCAUUGGGUACUCCUGAACAUUCCGGGCGACUAAGGGCUGUAGGAGGAUUUGUCACGCCAAGCGCCUACUUUCAUGUGCCUAAACGAGGAAUCCAUUCACAUUGUGAGGAGAACCAGCAAAACCUUGAGGCAACGGUUUCAGAUUUGCAAGUACAGGUCGAUGCACUGAAACAAAACUUACCAAAUACACCCCAUUCUGACUAUGCUGGUUCAAACACCUUCAAAAGUGACAAUAUGGGUAGUCCACAGCUUCAUCCAAGUUCAAUGGUAAAUAAGGUGGUAACUGACGAUAAUAUGGCGCCUUUUGAUCCUAUUACAAUGGAAAAUAGGAUGAUAACCGAGGACAACAUGCCCCCAGUCCAGGUCCUCGACAAAAAGUAAAAAAGGUAUGGUAUUUUAAUUUCAAGUGGUAAG